AUGUCUGCUAUUAAUAUGUUCGUAUACAUCUCAAUUUUGGCAACGAAUCGGGCAGUUCUUAUCACUGGAUGUGAUUCAGGAUUUGGGCACCAAUUGGCCAUAGAGUGCGAUAAAUUGGGGUUUUAUGUGUUUGCCGGCGUUUUAAAUGCUGACCUAAAUGGUGCCCAAGAAUUAACUCGUGUUUGCUCUCAAAGACUUCAAGUGUUAAAAAUGGAUGUCACAGAUCCUACAGAUGUGGUCAAUGGUAUCAAACAAAUUGAAUGUUCAGGUCUUCCCCUGUGGGCUGUUGUUAAUAACGCUGGCAUUGCUAUCAAUGCUCCCAUAGAGUGGGGAUUUGAUGUCCAAGAAUUGAAUGAUACGUUUGGUGUUAAUGUUUUCGGUGCCGUCAGAGUCACCAAACAAUCGUUGCCUCUAUUGAGACGAUCGAUGGGAAGAAUUAUUAAUAUAUCCAGUAUUGCCGGUCGGACCACAUUUAAUGGUCUAUGUUUUUAUUCAAUGUCCAAACACGCCAUCAGAUCUUUUUCUGACGGACUUCGCAAAGAAGUUGAAAAUUUGAAGAUAAAAGUGAUAACAAUAGAGCCGGUCCUCUAUCGCACGCCUAUAACUGAUUGGACUCUUAUGAAGACCACUUUGGACAGAGUGUGGGAUCAAACACCUGAAGAUGUCAAAUGUGUUUUCAGUGAUAAUUAUCGCAAUAGUUUCGAGAAGUCGUCGCAACGAGUACUCAAAGCAUCAAGAAAUCAGACCAAAGAAGUGAUUGAUAUUAUAAUUAAGGCAAUUAUUUUGAAAGAGCCUCAAAAUAUUUAUAAAUGUGGAGGUUUUCUCGACUUUUUAGUUACAUUUCCUAAUUUGCAACUUGUAUGGAGUGAUGAGUUUGAUGAUAAAGGUUUGGACCCAAAUAAAUGGGAAGUUGAGGAUGAAUGGCUAACUGGAAAUUGUUGGGGCAAUCAUAUCGGACAACUUAAUUGUAAUGUAAAUCAAAGCGAAAAUUUGCAAUUAAGGGACGGAUGUUUGGCUAUUACAGCCACUCGUCAUAAGAAAAAGGGUUUCAAUAAAGAGUACAAUUCAGCAAAGAUUACCACAAGACAGAGCUGGACUUACGGUCGUUUCGAGAUUAGGGCCGCCCUUCCGACCGGCAAA